AUGGCCCGCGAUGGCUACAACUUGAUAUUGGGGUACCACAUAGAUCAUGUUGCGGCCGGCCGAGCACAAGAAACGUUACAAAAAGAAUAUGGAAUCAAAGUAGUAUGUUGCAGCGGUGAUAUAGCUCUUCCUUCUACUAUGGAUCAGCUCUUCGCCGCGGUACGCACUCAUUUCAAUAAUGAACUCACAGCGUUUAUUCAUAACGCCGGCCUUCAUGUCAACGUCACCACUGAAUCGACUAAUCUUCAACCUAAGCCAGAUGAUGACUUUGAAGCGACCUGGGACUACUAUCAGAAAGUGUACCCGCAGGCUUUUAAGCGCGGUCUAGUAUUGGCUCAAGAGUGUAUUGGGCUGCGACACGUAGUUGCUAUCUCAAGCCCCGGUUGCAACUGUAAUCAACCACCGCAAAUAGUCUAUGAAAUGCCUGGUCAAGCUAAAGCAAGUAUGGAGUUUUUGGUGCGUCUUCAUGCCAGCAUUCUGGCCAAAAGUGGAAUCAACGUCAACUGUGUAAUCCCAGGUUUUGUCAAGACUGAAGCCUGGGAUCGCUUGAUCGACAAAACUGGUCCUCCACGUAAUGCCAUUGAGGCUUUGGUCAAAAAUUCGCCGGCGCAGCGGUGGGCCGAACCCUCGGAAAUCGGUGAUGUGGUAGCCUUUUUGUGCUCUUCUCAUGGUCGAUUCAUCACCGGUGUGGCUCUACCCGUAGAUGGGGGAAAAAGGAUACAGUUAGUUUUACGAAAACAAUCUUAUGAUGAAUUUGAUAAUUUAAUAUUGGAUUCAGACGAACAUCUUCAAUAUGUUCAUGAUUUUGAUGUCAAAAUAUCAGAUCCCAAUGCAAAUUUUAAUAGGAAAGAAGAUCUCGAAAACUUAUUUGAUAAAGAAUUUAUUAAGAAAUGCGAUUUGCAAUUUGAUAGGAUCUUUGAUCGAUGGUGGGAGAUGUGCAAAGAGAAAAAUGCAAUAGAAAAUGAAAUUAAACUAAGGUAUCAAGAACAACCAAUCUUAAUCUUUGCUGAUUCAUAUGAAACAAAUAAUGGAGGCAAACCAGAUUAUGAUUGUAUACGUAAAAGACUUUUAGCGGUAAAGACAUCCUUAAAUCGCGAAAUCAUUGAGAUAAAAACGAAAAAUGAUAUUGCUGAAAAUAUUUAUAAAUUUGGUAAAUUAGGUUUGAUUACUUUAGCAACAAGAAUUAUUGAACGUGGCGCCGAUAUAAAAGUCGAUAAAAGUAUCGAAAAAGGUUUACAUUUAAUUUUAACGUAUUAUCCUAAAAGAGAAAACAUUUAUACACAAAUGCCUGGUCGAACUGCAAGACAAGAUGAAAAAGGUCCUUAUUCGGAAAUUUCUCGAGAAAAGCCGAGUUUUUCUGCAGUUUCGGAAAAGAAAUUAAUUCAGAAAAGAAAAAAAUUUAUGGAAUCACAGAAUUUUUUUAUCGUAAAUAUCGUCCAAAUUCAAAGAGAGCAAAUGUUGAACUAA